CCCUGACAGAAGUUAUUUGGCUCUAAGCUUUGUAGUUUGGAAGAAGUUGGUCUAUAGAUUUUCGCCUAACUUUCAAUUGAUGUGUUUAGCUUCAGUGGGAGUAAUACAAUCAGUUAAGCCAUGUUGUCGUCUCAAGGAGUUUUGCUACAUCCCUACGGCGUGCCCAUGAUUGUGCCCGCGGCACCGUACUUCACGGGACUUGUUCAGGGUAAUCAGGAAGCUACAGCAGCUCCUGACACGAUGGCACAGCCUUAUGCCUCCGCUCAGUUUGCGCCCCCUCAGAAUGGCAUCCCUGCAGAAUACACGGCUCCACAUCCUCACCCUGCUCCAGAGUACACAGGCCAGACUACAGUCCCAGAGCACACGUUAAACAUGUACCCUCCAGCGCAGACGCAUUCUGAACAGAGUGCCACCGACACGAGUGCGCAGACUGUCUCCGGCACAGCCACACAGACAGAUGACGCAGCACAGACUGAUGGCCAGCCUCAGACACAACCUUCUGAAAACACAGAAAACAAAUCACAGCCGAAGCGGCUGCAUGUCUCAAACAUCCCCUUCAGAUUCCGGGAUCCGGACCUCAGACAAAUGUUUGGGCAAUUUGGUAAAAUCUUAGAUGUUGAAAUAAUUUUUAAUGAGCGAGGCUCAAAGGGAUUUGGUUUCGUAACUUUCGAAAAUAGUGCCGAUGCGGACAGGGCGAGGGAGAAAUUACACGGCACCGUGGUAGAGGGCCGUAAAAUCGAGGUAAAUAAUGCUACAGCACGUGUAAUGACAAAUAAAAAGACAGUCAACCCCUAUACAAAUGGCUGGAAAUUGAAUCCAGUUGUGGGUGCAGUCUAUAGUCCUGAAUUCUAUGCAGGCACGGUGCUGUUGUGCCAGGCAAACCAGGAGGGAUCUUCUGUGUACAGUGCCCCCAGUUCACUAGUAUACACUUCCACAAUGCCUGGUUUCCCUUAUCCAGCUGCAACUGCAGCUGCUGCUUACAGAGGAGCCCACCUCAGAGGCCGUGGCCGCACAGUCUACAACACCUUCCGAGCGGCGGCUCCCCCCCCUCCCAUCCCAGCCUACGGAGGAGUAGUGUAUCAAGAGCCUGUGUAUGGCAAUAAAUUACUGCAGGGUGGUUAUGCUGCCUACCGGUAUGCCCAACCCGCCACCGCCACUGCGGCUGCCUACAGUGACAGUUACGGACGAGUUUAUGCUGCCGACCCCUACCACCACACACUUGCUCCAGCCCCCACCUACGGCGUUGGUGCCAUGAAUGCUUUUGCACCCUUGACUGAUGCCAAGACUAGGAGCCAUGCUGAUGAUGUGGGUCUCGUUCUUUCUUCAUUACAGGCUAGUAUAUACCGAGGGGGAUACAGCCGUUUUGCUCCAUACUAAAUGACAAAACCAUAAAAACCUUCCAAUGUGGGGAGAAAGGAAGCUUUCCGAGGCCCGGGUAUUGCAAUACAUGCAGUAGUGCAUCAUUUUAGCAACUCUAAAAAGAGGAAAAAAAAUUACAUUUUUUAUCUUAUACCUCAGAUAUUUUGUUCUGUGUAUUUUAAUAUUGUGGGUCUUUAAUUUCUGAAGGUUCCGUAGUUUGAUUGCUGGCUGUAGAAGUUUUUGUGGUUGAUCUAGAAAGCUACUAGAUAUGAAUAAAAACUGUUUUAGGGCCACAAUCAAGAGUGCUAUAUCAUGUAAAUGAAUUAUAUAUGCUGAAUAUUAAGCUAUUGGGGUUAUCACAUGUUUUGUAAGAGUGUAAGUGACUACAGUAGUCAUUUUUUCUGCAUCUACAUU